AUGCGUUCUGCAAGCGGGAUCAAGCUACCGCAGACACUGCUAGAACAGAUACAGGGGGAGGCAUCCGAACGCGGUGGACACGGCCACGGACAUGCGCGUAAGCCUAAGCUCUCGCGCAAGGAAGCGCGUAAACAGGACCGCGCUGAAAAGAAGCAGCGCAAGGCUUCGUAUUUUACCUCACAUGCGCAACUUAUCUCGCAACCCGGAGCGAAGCGCCCAGCCGACUCCAGCCAUGAACAUCCCGAUUCACCAGUACGGAAGAAGGCUCGCAUUGCUCCACAAAACUCUGCAAGUGCAACGGUCACCAAAACCUCCACAGUCCUUCCGAGCGCAGUGCCAAAAGGAAAGGCAUCUGCGGCCACGGAGCCCAGCAAGCGGGAGCCAUCUGCGUUACAGAAACUAGCUAAUCGUGCGACCUCCAUGCCGGUACCACGCUCGCAAACCGAACGAGAUGAAGAUGCUCGGAUAGCGUAUCUGGAGUCCAAACUGGGUAUGAAGAAGGGCGCGAAAAAGGGAGGCGGAGGGUUCGAGGACGAUGGACUGGAUGAUCUACUUGAUGGACUGGACUCGAUCGUUGGUCCAGGUCCGGGUCCAUUGGACUCGGAAUCCGAAUUCUCCGACGAAGAGGACGAGAACGAGGGUUCGCUAGAUGGUUCGGAAGAUGUCGACGACGGGCUGUCUAAUGGUGCGGCCGAUGCGUCACUAGAAUGGACCGGAUUCGCGUGGGAAGGUGAAGAAGCACCCGCAUCCCCAAACCCUGCCACGCCAGCACCAGGGCGAUAUGUGCCUCCCCAUUUACGAAAUAAGGCCGCCAGCGCCGAUGAGACUGAAGCCAUAGCCAAGCUCACGCGCCAGCUCAAGGGUCUACUCAAUCGAUUGAGUGAACAGAACAUCGCCAAUAUAUUAGACGAGAUCGAGGAUUUGUAUCGGAAGCACAGACGGCACGAUAUGACCGAAACGCUCACGAACCUGCUUGUCAACGGCAUUACCUCUCAUUCAAGCAUGCUGGAUUCAUUCGUGAUACUCAACGCUGCCCUGAUAUCUGCGUUACACAAGAUCGUUGGCGUCGAGUUCGCUGCAUUCGUCAUUCAGAACAUCGUCGCAAAGUAUGAGGAGCAGUACUCGGCCUUAACUGCGUCGGGAGAAGCAACGGAUGUACCCGACGAAGCAAAGGGGAAGGAAUGCUCGAAUCUGAUCAUCCUUCUCUCCGAGCUAUACAACUUCCAAGUUAUAUCCUGCGUCCUCAUAUAUGACAUCAUCCGGAGUUUACUUGACGGCGACCUUGCGGAAACGGACGUCGAGCUACUUUUGAAGCUCUUACGAAAUUCUGGACAGCAGCUACGGCAGGAUGACCCUACAGCGCUGAAGGAUAUCAUCCAAAUCGUGCAGAACAAAGUAGGCGCGAAUGAGAGCUCAUCGAGCUCGCGUACGCGCUUCAUGAUCGAGACCCUGAUCAACUUGAAGAACAACAAGACGAAACAACGCGCCGCAGCGCAGCACACUGGUGGUGACUCUGUCGAGCGACUGAAGAAGUUCCUAACGGGUCUUGGCAAGAAGCGUCAUCUAAUGGCUCAUGACCCUUUGCGAGUAUCGCUCGCAGACCUGCAUUCAGCCGACAGCCGGGGAAAGUGGUGGCUUGUCGGUGCAGCAUGGGGAGGCGAUCCUUUGGUCGACCAUCAGGCGAAACAACAGCCUCAGGCGGACAGCGCAUCUACGGCGGUAGCGGAGAAUGCUUUGCUGAAGCUCGCGAAGAAACAAGGCAUGAACACUGACAUACGAAGAAGCAUCUUCGUCGUCUUGAUGAGCAGCGAUGAUUACAUGGACGCGUGCGAGCGCCUUGCCCAGCUCAACUUGACGGAGGUCCAGCAGCGCGAGAUAGUCCGUGUGAUUUUGCACUGCUGCGGCAACGAGAAAACCUAUAAUCCGUACUACACGCUCGUCGGCCAACACCUCGCCAAUACAGCCCAUUCGCACAAGAUCACCCUCCAGUUCUGCCUGUGGGACUUCCUGCGAGACCUCGGAGAGACUUCCGUGGGCGGCGCUGAACUCAUCAAGUCGCUCGGUGAAGACUUCUUCGGCGGCAGCGACGACAAAGUCUCUUCCUCGCGAAGACGCAACGUCGCGCGCGCUUACGCAUGGUGGAUCGCACGUGACGCCAUAUCGCUCACUGUACUGAAGCCGGUGGACUUCAUCGCACUCAAGCCCACGACCCGACGUUUCAUGCGCGACUUGCUCGAGCGCGUUUUGUUCGACACGCAAGCGCGUUCGCCUGCACUCGCUGCUCGGGUGCAGGAGUUACCGCCGAAACGGGACCGCACGGCCGUCGAGACUGUCUUCCUGAAAGCCGCGCGGGUUCCGGCUCUUGCUGCGGGACUGGCGUACUUCCUUGGGGAGAUGGACAAGGCUCGCAGUGAGGAGAGCGAAGAGGAUGCGUUUUACAAGUGGGCUGGAGGCGUGGCCGUUGAGACGCUUCGUAUGGGCACGGAUAUCGUAUCAUCGCUGUGA